CGCCGGUGUGCUACAGACGAGAGGAAGGUGGAAGUAAGAUUAGCUUUCUGACGAGUCGCUUGGUCAUUUGUUGAGCCUUAAAAACGGCCGAGACUCCUAAUAACCGCAGAGCGUACAUGUACCCAUCAGAAAACACGGCCGGGACUUUAUCUUCUGCCAGUAGGGCGACCGUGGAGCUGGAUUUCUACUUUUCUCCGGGCAUGAGAAGUAACGAUAGCUAGCGGUAGCAGACGCUUCUCCGCCGUGUAACUCCGCUGCUCUGACAGGAGCUGUAACCUUUCACCGACUGUGCCCAUUUCUAUGAUUUUUUUUCCCUCUCCACAAGCAUGCCUAUCCAACUAACAAGCCAGGCUUACUGUAAAAUGCUUUUACACGCCGCCAAGUAUCCUCACUGUGCCGUGAAUGGAUUGCUUGUGGCAGAGAAAACCAAGGAGAAGAAGAAAGACAGCCACAGCGAGCCGGUGCUGUGUGUGGACUGUGUGCCUCUGUUUCACGGCACUCUGGCCCUGGCACCAAUGCUGGAGGUAGCUCUGACACUGAUCGAUACUUGGUGUAAAGAAAAUAAUUAUGUCAUCGUUGGAUAUUAUCAAGCAAAUGAACGCACAAAGGAUUCAAGACCCAACCAGGUUGCAGAGAAAGUGGCUGCGAGGAUUUCUGAAAACUUCAGUGAAGCAGCAAUUGUUAUGGUGGACAGCAGUAGACUAACAAUGAGCUGUUUUGAGCCCAUUGUGCUCAUCUACGACCAUCACGAAAACAAGUGGAAAAACAGAGAAGUAACUCAAGAAUGUUUUGAGGACUGGAGCGAAGCGCAGAAGAUCACGUCGGCCCUGCUGGAGGGCAGGUCCUAUGACAACCUGAUUGACUUUGACAAUCAUUUGGAUGAUCUGAGGAACGACUGGACCAACCCCGUGAUCAACAAGUCCGUCCUGGAUCUGUGCUAAGAUCUUAAAUCAAGAGCUCCUUACACACACGCACACAGACACACAUGCACACACAUACACAGUUGUUGCUGCCAUUGCAGCAUGCACGAUGCUACGUAUCCUGUAUGUAGCACAGAAGAACCGACAUGCUGAACACGCGGUCCGUGUUUCACUGAAAGGCUCCCACCCCGGUGGGAACUGAAGGGGCGUCGACCAGUUUGCCAAACGUGAAAAGGGGCAAACGCUGUGCGUGCACUGUUGGCCUGCGUGCAUCCUUACAGGGUGUGACAGUGAGGUGAAGGAGGCGAUCGUGAUUUUUGAAUGGAACUUAAAUAUUUGAUGGGUUUUGACUUUUUUUUUUCAUAGUUAUAUACAAGAAGUGAAAAUGUUGAGUUUUUGAUCUUUGUAUUUCCUCUUAAAAUUUUACAAUCAGUAGAAAGAGAUCAAGUUACAAAUGGUUCUUCUAAGAUAUGGAAUAAAUAAUUCUUUAAUAAAUGUAUUGUUUCAGUUCUUGAAACAAAUUUCACACUCUGAAAGUGCAUCCUAGAUAUGAUCAAAAGUGAAAUAAUGAAAUGAAAGCAUAGAAGUACAGACACGAAAAGUACAGUCGUAUAAAACUGAACCAAAUUAAGUGUCUUUUACUAAAGAGGAUGUUUAACUUACAAGCUUUGAACUACAACUGAUUAAUGCUUUCAUAAACAUUUCCAUGCCGCAUGUCAUCUGUAAGGGUCUCUAUAAAAGGCUAAUGUCCAUGUCUGCGUAUUGGUAACUGAUCCAUGACAUGGAAAAAGAAAAAAUCUACACCAGUGCACAAUAACGUGUGAGCUUUGUUUUGUGUUCCAUCUUUAUCAUUAGAUUUAGGCAAUAGUAUUUAUUUAUACUUAAAUGAGCAUACUAGAUCCAACUAUUUAAAAGUCAAUGCUAGAAAUGUAUUUAUUGAGAGACUAUAGAAAAACCUUUGUAUUUGAGAAUGACUAAUUCAGAGAUUACUCAAUUGUGGUUACGCUGCGUUUUCUAAUGAGUUUUUUUUAUUAACUGAAUGUAUAAUGGAAUAGAUUUUUUGAGAGGGGAUAAAUCAAGCUUCAAUGUCUUUUUGAGCAAAAUUAUUUUGCUGUGUCUUAAAUCACUGCCUUGACAUUUCCCAUCCUAACGACUGCAGCUCUUUAGUUGUGUUUGUCUGAAAUCAUAAGAUCAAAGAGUUGUUUUUACUGUUUUUGCUCCUGUGUCAUGAACAUGUUUGUCAGGGUCAAGUGCAUUUGAUAAAAGGCAGAAUGAAUAGAACGAAAGACAUUUUAUAUGUCAGUUUACAUGUCAAAAUUUAUAAUAAAAACUUGUAUGCCAAUAACCUUGUGAAGUAAAUUGACAAUAAUGAAGACAGA